AUGUUGUCGCAGUGUCGCAUGCCGCACGGAGUGAUUCGCGAUGCCAUCAUGGGUGGUAACCAAAAGGGUGUGCUGUCGUUGGAGCGACUGGACCUUCUACAGCAGGUGAUCCCUAAUGACGACGAGGUGACCCAGCUGCAGGCGUACACGGGUCCCGUGGACGCUCUCUGCGCGCCCGAGCAGUUCCUCCUCACCCUCGCCUCCAUCCCCCGCCUCCGCGACAAGAUCGAGGUGCUCGUCUUUAUGCUACGAUUCGCUGACCUGCACAAGCAAGCGCACACAAUCAUGGCCACCGUCACACGAGCAUGCCAACAGGUGCACAGCAGCAGGGCGCUGAAGGCGUGUUUGAAGGUGGCUCUGGAAUACGUCAACUUCCUCAACCAUGGCACUGCACGAGCCGGAGCCGCUGGAUUCAACGUGGAAUCUCUGCCAAAGCUCUUCGACCACAAGACCACCGUCACCGUCCCUCCACCCCUUCCUCCCGGCACACCCAAACCCGACUCCUCCAACUCCCUUCUCACCCCAGUCCAGCGCUCUGUACCCCGUUCCCACUCCCACACUGACUCCUCCACCCAAAUCAAAUCCCCCCCUGGUAUCCAGAUUCAAAUCCCUCCACAAGACCACUCCUCCUCCCUUCCCAUCCACCAAUCCGCCUCCCUUCCCUCCCUGCACAACCAUCCGUCUGCCUCCCAGCCGCCCCCAAACACGCCCCUCCCUGCUGCUGCUCUCGCGCCUGCAGCAGCCGCUCUCUCUCCUAGGCCCAUGUCUCCCCGUGCUGCUGCGUUCUCCCCGAAAGCGGUUGCGAUGGCAGCAGCAGCAGGGGACGCGGAUGCGCUGAGCAGUGCUAUUCUGCGCGCGUCCUGCCUGCUGGAGGUGGUUGUGCUGCGCCUCGCUGCCACUGGCAUCGUCGCCCCGCCCUUUGAAAUGAGCAAGGAGCUCGAGGCUGUGGGGCUCGCUGCUAAGUACUCGCAGGACGAGAUAGACUCCUCGCUGACGCCAAUGGACCAGGGCAUAGGCAUAGAGGAAGCAGUGGGGGAGCUGCUGUCGCAGCAGGCAGCAGCGGUGGCUGCAAAGCAGUCGUUACGCAUAGGAGCAGUGGAGAGGGAGAGCUGUGACUCGGAACUGAGCUCUGGAUCCGUGACUGGUGGGGUUGCAGCGUCGUGUGCGGGGCCCUGCUUUGCCAAGGAGAAAGGGAAGAGGCGGUCGGUGUUUGGGGUGACGUCUCGAGUGAGAGGUGGGAAGAAGGAGAAGGGGAAGGAGGUGGCGGGGAAGGGUCAGGUGGCAGUGCGAGGGGGAAAGGGGCAAGCGAAGGUGCGAAAUGAAAAGAGUGCAGUUUCCAAGGGUGAAGAGAUAACGAGCGGAGGCAGCACAAACAAAGACGCUGAGUCGAAAGCUCCUGGCGCUGUUGCUGCUGCUGCAGGCCCUGGCCCUCUGCCCACUCUUGUCCCACCUUCACCUCUUGUUGCCCCUCCUCCUCCCCCGCCUCCCCCACCUCCCCCUCUUCCCCCUCCUCCCCCUCCUCCCCAACCCCGACCUCCUCCACGUCUAGCCCAACCACAGCAGAAGCAGCAGGGGAGACAGGAGGCGACAGAAGGGGGCAGGGGUGCUGUGUGCACGUCUGUCAGCCAUGUGGAGGGGGGAGUACACCAGGGGGUAAGUGGGAAGCUGAGAGGCGUUGUGGGUGAUGAGGCAACGUCAGCUCCUCUUUCUGCUGCGAAUUCGGUGAAUAGCAGACUCGCUGCGGCAAGUGGUGCUGCCGGUACUGCUGUUGCUGCUGUGGAUGCUGCUUCUGGUGCAGCUCCGCUGGCCAAGACAGUGCCACCAGCACCUGGAGUGAAUUUCGCUGCUUCGAGCAACGGGUUGAGCACGGGGCAAACCACGACUACUACGCCAGGACUCGCCUUUGGUACGCCGAUUGCUGUAGCGCCUCCCUCUGCUGGCUUUACUGGCCAGAGCCGCUUGCUGCGGGCUGCGGGCGGCAGCGGGCCGUUCAGGCUUAUGAGCGAGCUCAGAGACUCAAGCAGCAGCGGCAGCAGCAGCAGCAGCAGUGAUGGUGGUGACGAAGAGGAGGAGCAGCACGAGGAGCGUGAGAGGACUGGCAAUGGCACUUUGGUGCAUGGUGCUGAUGGUGGGGGGGUGCUGUCUGGCGGGGAAGGGUGGAGUGGUGAGCUGAGUGGUGGGGCAGGGCACAGGUUGGUGCGAGGGGGUGGUGGGGGCGGGAGGAAAAGGUCCACACGGCCUACAUGCGUGGUGUACCGAAGAAGUCCGUUUGACGGGGCUAUAACCCCUUCCCCAGGCACCAAACGCGCGUGGUCUGAAGGCAAUCUGCUUGUUCGGCCCGAAUUUCUUCAACGGGGUUCUGCACUGAAGCCAGGGACAGCGGAAACAGGGGCAGGCGGGGCAGCAGGACGGGGAGGAGGCGGGGAGGAGCAGGGGGGAUCGGAGGGGAAUGUGGAAGGGGAGACGUCUGUCUCUGGGCCCAUGCAAAAGGGAGACGAUGGAACUGAGGUGACGCAGAAUCCGGGCAGUGGAAAUGAGGAGGGAUGGGAGGAGAAGGAGCAGGCUCCUCGGAAAUGCCUGCAACCAUUGUUUGGAAAUUGCUCCUCUCCCCUGAAAGCUGCGACUGGGAGUUCCAACCACGUGGGCUGCCAUGCUGCUGGUGCUGCUGCUGGCAGUGGUGGUGGUGGUGGUGGUGGUGGUGGUGGUGGUGGCGCUGGCACUGAAACCAUCGGCAGCAGGAGCAGCAGGCGAGGAUCAGGUAGGGGCGUUGUGAGGAGGCACAAGAAGGGCACCAGCGGCAACGCUGCUGCUGCUUUUGGCGGUGGUGCCGCUGGCGUUCGCAGCAGCAGCCGGAUCCUCCCCCGCACCCGCAGUGACCCCACUCAGCUUGAAAGUCUCGCCUUUCACGAGUUCCUGAUGGAAGCGAGUGUGUCCCGCUCUGCUGCCUGUGAGUGUGGUGGCGGCCUGUGUGCGUGUAAGGGAGGUCACAGUAAGAGGAGGAGGGGAGAUGGGCCGCGCUCUCUGCUGGCACAUGGAAGUCGCAGCGUGUCUGUCACAGAAACAAACCUUCGUGGUAGGGCCUACUCUGCUGUCGCCUCUGCUGUCACCUCUGCUGCCGCCUCAGCUGCUGCUGCUGCGGCUGCUGCGGCUGCGGCUGCUGCUGGUGCUACUACCUUGUUCCAAACACCAGCUCCUGCAGCUGCAGGACGAGCAGGAGCAUCAGCAGUAGUGGAAAAGGCUACAGGCGAGGCAGCAGCAGCAGCAGCAGCAGUAGGAGCAGAAGCGGAAGCAGCAGAAGCAGAAGCGAAGCCACUGCAGCGGCUGCAAGUGGCACAAGAGCUUGAACGCCUACUGAGGACCCCACCUCCCUCUGCUGCUGCUGCUGCUGCUGCUGCUGCUGCUGCUGCUGCUGCUGCAGUCGCCCCUGCUGCAUCUACUGAUUCUUAUGCUGUCACUAGCAUCUGCUCUGCUCCGCCUGGAAUGCAGAUAAUGAGCAGGUAUGGUACAGAGGACGUGGAGUAUGGUGAAGAGGCGUGCAGUGCGUUGGUGGGAGUGGGGGGUGAUGAAAGCGAAGGGGCGGUGGAAGGGAGAGAGGGAGUGGGGGGAAGGAGAGGGGGAGCGGGGGGCAUGAGGGAGGUGAGAACGUCUGGCAAGUUGAGGAUCAAGGUGCCAGCGAGAGAGGGGUGUGAUGCGGUCGAAGGAGGUAGGGCAGGCGAAGGGUCUGGAGGUGGGACGACUGAGGGGCCAGAGCUGAGAGGUGUGAAGGGGAGUGAGACCGAUGAUGGUGCUGGUGAUGGCUCUGGCAGUAGUGGUGUGUUGGAGGAGGGACGGGAAGGCGUUCGCAACCUUACCUCUCAGCAAGGGAAGGAAGCAAUUGAGGGAACUGAAGAGAUCAGGGGGACUGCAGCAGAACGAGCAGAGGAGGAGGAGGAGGAGGAGGAGGAGGAGGAGGAAGAGAUGGGGGAGGAGUGUGACGACGAGGAUGGCGACGAGGAGUGGGAUGAGGAAUGGGAUGACGAGGAGGAAGAGGAGGAGGACGACGAGGAGGAGAGGGACGAUGCGUCGACAGAGGAGGGCCGCCGGGAGCUGUCGCUGUGCGAGCACCUGACAGCGUUCUUGGACAAGGCGCGCCCGGAGAGGGAAAAGCUAGCGGAGGAAGCAGCAAGUUGCAGGGAGCAACUCAAGGCUCUCGCGAAAUAUUUCGGGUCCUCACCAACUGUAACACCACAGGUAUGGCUCGUGAGCUCUGCCUCUAGACUACUAGUUUCUUUCCAGAAUUCCCAGUACCCCCCUCCCCUCCCUCCCCUCCCCUUCUUGACCGUUCUGGUCACUCACUCGCAGUAG